AUGGUGGCACCGGCUACAGAGACCGUGACGAUGGAGGCGGCGGCAAUGGUGGCGGUGGGUGCCAGGACCGCGGCGUUGGCUUCAAUGCGACUUGCUUCUGGGCUGAGACCACGCGCGGUGCCGCCGUGCCGGAGGCUCCCCUCGAUGCUCUCCUCCGCCGUCAGGCACGGGCUCAAACGGCGAUUCCGUCCUCUUGCCUCGCCAGCAAAGGCUCCCGCUUCCCCUUCCGCGGCGCAUCGCCGCAGCUCUCAUGCGGACGCCUCGCCCGCCUCGCACGCGUCGCUGCUCCUCCGGCUGCGGUCGGGCCCCGCCCUCGCCGAGACCCGGCGGCUGCACGCCGCGGUGCUCGUCGGCGGCCAUCACCACGGCGCGGUCCUCUCAGCUCAGCUGGUGCACGUGUACUCUAAGCUCGGGCAGAUCGAGCACGCGCUUCGCCUGCUCGACGGAAUGCCCAGGAGGAACUCCUUCGCGUGGAACGCCGCGAUCAAGGGCCUCGUCGACGCGGAACGGUUCUCCGAGGCGCUGGAGACGUACCGGGCGAUGGUCGACGAUGGCUCGGUUGCGGCGGAUGGUUUCACGUGCCCGCCCGUCAUCAAGGCGUGCGCCGCGCUCGGAGCGGUUGAUCAGGGCCGGAUGAUCAGAGAGCAUGUGGAGGCAUCCGUUGCCUGUGGCGACACUAUGCCCAACGUGUUUGUGCAGUGCGCGCUCGUGGACAUGUUUGCCAAGUGUGGGUGCUUGGGCGAGGCGAGGAGUGUUUUCGAGAGCAUGCAGCAAAGGGAUGUGGCCGCGUGGACUGCGAUGAUCGGAGGAGCCGUGCAUGCAGGAGAUUGGCUCGAUGCGAUGUGUUUGUUUAAUAGGAUGAGAUCAGAAGGGUUCCGGGCUGAUUCGGUGAUCGUUGCCACUGUCAUCCCAGCAUGUGGCAGGAUGAAAGAGUUGCGAGCUGGAACGGCGUUGCAUGGAUGCGCGGUAAGAUGUGGAGUUGCUGAUGAUAACUGUGUUUCUAAUGCUCUGGUUGAUAUGUACUGCAAGUGUGGCUGUCUGGAGAUGGCUGAUUACUUGUUCCGUUCUAUCGAUUUCAAGGAUGUCGUCUCUUGGAGUACAUUGAUUGCGGGGUAUUCGCAGAAUGGAAUGUAUCAUGCGAGUGUCAGUUUGUUUACUGAAAUGGUUGCUUCAAGGUUAAAACCAAAUUCCAAUACCAUGGCAGGUAUACUUCCGAGUCUUUCCGGCCUUAAGUUAUUCAGGCAUGGAAAAGAGGUCCAUGGCUUCUCCUUAAGACAUGGACUUGACCAGAGCAAGUUUCUAGGGAGUGCAUUUAUUGACUUCUACAGUAGACAAGGAUUCAUAAGGGAGGCAGGAACUGUAUUUGAACUCAUUCCAAAGAAAGAUUUGGUUAUAUGGAAUUCAGUGGUUGCAGCUUAUUGCGUGAAUGGGGAUACAGAUUCUGCACUGUGUGCAUUUAGGGCGCUGCAGAAAGCAGGAUUUAAACCUGAUCAUGUGACUGUUAUUUCAGUUCUUCCAGUAUGCAAUCACCAUUCCAGCUUCAUCCAGGGUAAGGCACUACAUGCUUACGUAAUUAGGCAUGAUAUGAGUUCUAUCUGCUCAGUCAGUAACGCACUUAUAGAUAUGUACUGCAAAUGUUGUUGCCUAGAAAAGGGCAAAGAGAUUUUCCAGCUGAUGACAGAGCGAGAUACUGCCACAUAUAAUACAUUGAUUUCUUCUUUGGGAAAGCAUGGCCAUGAAGAUCAAGCCAUAAUGUUAUUUGAUCAAAUGAAGAGAGAUGGAAUUGCUCCUGACAAAGUCACUUUUGUGGCUCUAUUAUCUUGUUGCAGUCAUGCAGGCCUUACUGAGCAGGGCUUGCACUUUUACGAUUCCAUGUUACAAGACUACAACAUUUCCCCAGAUAAGGAGCAUUACUCAUGUGUUGUUGAUCUUUACAGCAGAUCUGGGAAACUUGACGAUGCUUGGAAGUUCAUUUCAAGUUUGAGGGAAGGGACAGAAAUAGAUAUUCUUGGAUGCCUCUUGGCGGCUUGCAGAGUGCAUAACAGAAUGGAUAUUGCUGAGCUAGUUGCAAAAAGAAUAUUUGAAAAGAACCCCGGUGAUCCUGGCUAUCAUAUUUUGCUGUCCAAUAUAUAUGCUGAUGCUGGAAUGUGGUCUGAUGUGACGAAGAUCAGAACCAUAAUAGAAGAGAGGAGUUUGAAGAAUAAAAUAGGAAACAGUUUGAUUUAAGUUGCUCAGACCCUAAGUUAUGGAUCACAUAUAUUAAUCAGUGUUUUACUAAACCAAGAGAACCACUAAUGGUUUGGUUAGGAAAAUACACCUGAAUAGGCGUUCCAAAAAUGUCAGGCUGUCAUCUAUACUGCCAAUAUUCAGAACUUGAGGAAACCUUAUGGUUAAUUUGUUCCAUAUGAUGGAUAUAGAAUACAAGUUUAUAACUGCUGAUGUGCACAGAUAAUGUCGAGCCUGUGGGAAGGUAUGUCAGAGAAACAGCUACUGUCUUCAGCAAGCUCUUAGAAGAUUUUCUUCAUAGGAAACAAUUCCAUAUCUGUGGAUACAGGCGAAUAAAAGUGUUCGGAAGAAACAGCAACAACCCAGUCCAAGUUUGACGUUCAGAACUCCAGAUGUUGAUGUUUGAUAAGAAAAUGUGGGGCUAUGCAUAUUGGAUUUUGAGGGCAAAAUCAGAAGCCCUUCCGGUAACUAUCUGAAUUAACAAAUGAUCCUUUAAAAUAUCAGUUUUACCAUGAUUCCGAAGCUUGUUCACCAGAGACGCGGCAACUAGAUCAGACGACACAUAGGCCAGGCAUCUAAAUGUAGUCUCUCUCGUCACAGGGUUCAGCGUACUGCAAAGCAUGCUCGUGCUUAAAUCUCUUCAUCUGUUGCUAUCAUACAGCAGCGACAAUGUUUCCAUCAAAUAGCGCCAAAAGCAGAAAGAAUAAAGGGGAUUACAUAAAGCAUUCAGAUUUCUUUUCUGAUUCAAGGUACGAGUACAUGCACAAGGAUAAUCAAUCAGUGGAAUUGUUGAGCCUAGGCAAAAGAGUGGGCUCACUGCAUGUCUACAUCAGAUAGUGGAUGGCCUGCCUAUCUGAUUGUUGCUGCUGUCUGAAGUAUGUGCAGAGGACAACAAGUCGGUCUAUCAUUACAGCUUUUGUUAUAUCCAUUCUGUUUCCUGGAAUUGGUGGGACAAGAGGCUGCUAACUCACUGACUUUAUGUGCGAGGCGGCGAUGCACGCGGAUGCUCCGACUACGCCCGGUUUGACAUACUUCCUAUCGUUACAUUCUUUUUGAAGCAGAAACGCCGCGUUUGAUCAUAUUACUUGUUUCUGGAGAGCUGUAUCUUGUAUGGCACCACUGUUUAAGAAGAGCUUCUGUGACUUUUCAUCUCUUGAAAUGCUUUCAUGGCUCAACUAGUGAUCUCUCCCAGGACUAAAGCACUGUGUUUUUCCAUCUGUUAUUGUUCGACGCCUUUUGCAACUUGGUUCCUUAUAUGGUGUAAGGUUUGACAGGUUGACUUGCAAGAUCCAAGAAAGUAAUGAAAGCAAGUGGGCAUCGUUAUCCUAUCCAGGUCACAUCUGCACACCAACUCUGAACAUUCCAAUGGCCGGUAUGAUUUGGGCCACCUGCCUUCCUGCAACGAUAACUAUCUCCCGCCACAGAAUCUGGGCUUCGAGGAUGGAGCUUGAAUUGAAUGAGUGGAUAUAGAAGGCAAGUUUGUAACUGCUGAUGUGCACAGAUAAUGUUGAGCUUGGGGGAGAUUAUGUCAGAGAAAUAUCUACUGUCUUCAGCAAGCUCUUAGAAGAUUUUCUUCAAAGGAAACAACUCCAUAUCUGUGGAUACAGGCGAGUAAAAGGAUUGUUUUCAUGACUUCACCAAGUACUCUAUUACUGUAAUGCACAGCUGUUGGCAUCAUAAAUCGUUUAUCAAGAAACAAAAUGAUACUUUUGAACUCAGUAUUCGGAAGAAACAGCAACAAUGCAGUCCUAGUUUGACGUCCAGAACUCCAGAUGUUGAUGUUUGCGAAGAAAAUAUGGAGCUAUGCAUAUUGUAUUUUGAGGGCAAAAUCAGAAGCCCUUCUGACGCGGCAACUAGAUCAGGCGACACAUAGGCCAGGCAUCUAAAUGUAGUCUCUCUCGUCACAGGGUUCAUCAUACUACAAAGUAUGUUCAUGCCUAAAUCUCUUCAUUGCUAUCAUACAGCAGCUACAAUGUUUCCAUCAAAUAGUGCCAAAAGCAGAAAGAAUAAAGUGGAUUACGUCAAGCAUUCAGAUUUCUCUUCUUAUUCAAGGUAUGAAUACAUAUACACAAGGAUAAUCAAUUAGUGGAAUGUUGAGCCUAGACAAAAGAGUGGGCUCACCGCAUGUCUACAUCAGAUAGUGGAUUCCCUGCCUAUCUGAUUGUUGCUGCUGUCUGAAGUAUAUGCAGAGGACAGCAAGUUGGCCUAUUAUUACAGCUUUUGUUAGAUCCAUUCUGUUUCCAGGAAUCGGUGGGACAAGAGGCUGCUAACUUACUGACUUUUAUGUCCAUGGCGGCGAUGCAUGCCGAUGCUUCUGGAGAGCUGGGUACACCCGUUUGACAUACUUCCUAUCGUUUCUUACUUUUGAACUCAGAAACGUCGCUGUUUGAUCUUAUUACUUGUUUCUGGAGAGUUGUACUCCCUCUGUAAAGAAAUAUAAGAGUGUUUAAAUCACUACUUUAGUUUCUUACGGAGGGAGUAUCUUGUACGACCCACUGUUCAAGUAGAGCUUCUGUGACUCAUCUCUUGAAGUGAUUUCGUGGAUCAACUAGUGAUGUCUUCAAGGACUAAGCAGACUAAAUCACUGUGUUUUCCACUGCUGUUGUUUUAUCGCCAUUUGUUAAUUUAUUUUGUUCCUUAUGGUGUAAGGUUGACAGGUUGACUUGCAAGAUCCAAGAGAGAAGUGAAAGCAAAUUGGGCAUCAUUAUCCAAUCCAGGUCACAUCUGCACACCAACUCCGAAAGUUCCAAUGGCCGGUAUGAUUUGGGCCACCUACCUUCCUGCAAUGGGCUUCGGGAAUGUAGCUUGAAUGAGUGGCACGCCCAUCCAUGUGGGCAGGGCAGAUGAGGACGAUCUCCUGAUUAUGAGCGAGAGGAGGGGGGAGGGGUGCUGCUGCAAGAGACACACAGGCUUGGACGUUUGCUUGAUCUGAUGAUUCAUUGGCUCAUGACUUGUGCAGUAGCCAAUAGGGGUCUGUCCUGGCCCCAUUCAUGGGCAAUGGCUUGGCGUGCAGCAGCUGCUGCAGCAGGGUAUCCACAUGCUCCGAUACCACCACUUCGGCGUUUGACAUUGUGCUACUAGGUCCAUUCCACAUUGUGUUGAUUUGAUCCUACUCUGUGAAGACGGGUCAGGGCUAGUUUAGUACUGCAUAUGGCCUGGCCUGAAUGCCAUUAUGUAGUUUAUUAUGUUCUGUUUUCUAGUUGUAUGUUCUGGUCUGGGUGAACUGGGGGUGCUGGGUUGAUGGUGGUUUUAGCUAAUGCCCUACACAAACUGAACUUGUCAACAAAAAAUUGAAC